AUGAAGGGUUGCACUGAAGUGGUCUUCCAAACACAUGUUUUAGGGUGGCAGACCACACGAGGCUGGAGUGUGCCCGGAGGUGAUCUGUUCUUCUAUCUCAUCAUUCCCCUGGCCCGAUGCCCGCCAGAGUACUCACAGAUAGGGUGGAACAACUUCCACUACGUGUUCUCACUUCGGCAGCAUAUGGUUGACAUUGUGCACAAUGUACGCGCUAUGCUCAAUGGCCAGCUCAAUCCCACCAUUGGCCAUGUCAACUGGGCCACCGCCUGGUUCAUGCUUGGCUACCUUACUAUGCCAGCCAUCAGGGCAUUUGAGCCCAGCAUCAGCAACGGCCUCAUGUUCAUGGUGGACGAUCUCAGCACUCCGCUUUGCCAAGGAAUAGCAAUGCCGCCACCAGGCUUCAACUCUAACGGUCUGGUGAGUAUCAUGGUUUAG